CAUUUCUAUCGGAUUUUUGUUUUUUCGGACGCUUGGUUUUCACCAAUCCUUUAACGUUAGCGCGAACAUUUUUAUACUAAUUAAUGUUCUUCCAAUAUUUUGUUAUACAAACAGAAAAAGUGCUUAGUAGUCAAUACAAGUAAUUUACAUUUCAAGGUCUAUUUCCGCCCAUUCGGCAUUCGCAAUGGAUUUGGAUGAGGGCAAACAUGUUUCUAUAACACACUUCAUCAACCCACAACUUUUCUGGUUUCAUGAAAUUAGUGUUCCAAAUGAGGCGUAUUGUGAAAUAAAGGAGUUGGAAGAGCAACUACAGAAUUACUACAAAUCCCAUCAACCAUGGACGCAGGCAGUACACAAGCCGGCAAUCGACAUGCUAGUAGCUGUGAAAUUCUUGUCCUGGCAGAAAAUGAUACGAGCACGUGUUGAACAUAUAGCAAAUUUCAAUAAAAAUGCGCAUGGCGGUGAAUUUAUAAUGUGGGCUAUUGAUUAUGGGUUUCCCUUUCAAACCAAAUCUGAUCAAAUAUUUCGUUUGCCGGAUAAGUUAUCGCGCAAGGUUGAUCAUAUACGUCGUGGCGGACUGGUGGAUCUGAAUCCAGCAGAAAAAGAUUUUGAUUUCCGUAUGAAUUGUGCUGUAACAACUAUGAAAGAGAACUGGAGCCAACGUUCGUGUGACUUGGUAGAGAAGUUGCUGAACGAGUCGGAAUCGGUGAUGUUUGUUGAAAAAUUCAAAGUGAAAGAUCAUACCUGGGGCGAUAUUAUAGUAACUACGCAUUUGGGAGAUAAAUGUAACAUACGCGACUAUUUGAUUGGUAUGAGUUUGGCAAUGGAUGCCGGGCCCAACUUCCCUGAGAUUUGCCUCAAUUUGAAGGUCACAAAAAUUUUGCCAUGGAUGACAAACAGUGGUAAUAGUAAAUUUAGUGCAAACAAAGGAUUUUUGUAUGCCGGCAGUGAACACGAAGCUAAACAAGCGCAACAAGUGGUCAGCACAGGAAGGGAUGACUAUGCGAAAAGAAAAGUUGAGGAUUGGUGUGCACGAAAUGAGCUGGCAAACUUUCAAGAAUCAUCAGAUUUCGAUGUCGACAUGCUACUGGACAGUGUCGCAUUCGACGACUCAGCAUCAAACGAAAAUUUGAAUAUCGGGAAGAAGUGCGUUAAUAAAGAAAAUCAACAAAAGCAACAAAACUUACAUAUCGAUUUAAGCAGUAAAUCCACAAAAACAACCUCUGAGUGGAGCGACGAGAAACUUCUUAACGCUGUGGAGUCAAAAGAUAAUGAUGAAAUUUCUGAACAGAAACUGGGCAUGGCUGGUGCGUUGACCGAGUCAAGAAAGAAGAAAUAUGGCAAAAAAGAAUUGCCACCAAAACCAAGCAGCAAUGAUUUCAAUAUGAGAUUUGAUUCCGAAAAGGAUAUGCAUAAGAGAAAUAAUGAACUAUCAGAGAGAGAAAAACUAGUCAGUAGUGUAGAGUCGCUGGUUUUAACGAGCACAGUAGUAUCCGGCCGAAAGCAAAAGUUGCUGGAAAAACGCAAGCAGAUUAGCAACAAACAGCCUGAAGAGUCGAGUAUAACUAAUAAGCUGCAUGCGAUGGCUAAUGAUAAUAUCAAACAAAACCUCCUUAUAGACUUGAGCUCUAAUAUGAGCGCUACUGCUGAAUCGGAUAAUGAGCGGCAAAUGGAUGCCGAAAGUAGCUCUCGUGUUAGACGUCAUCUACUAAAUCGCCAUAAGGAAACCAUUCCACUAGCAGAGAGCAACACAGACACUACAUCCUCCAACACCAAUGAGCUCAGUACGCCGCAAAUCUCAGUUUCAUCCAAACGCAUGGAAAUGCUUAGAAAGCAAAGAUUGGAAAAGCUUAAAGCAGAUAAGGUCGCAACAUGUAAGCAAGAUGGCGCGAAAGAGGAACCACCUAAAGAGGAGGAGACCAACACUAACAGUGCAUCUACUAAUACGAAUGAGCAUGGCAUGUCGCAAGGCUCAUUUUCAUCCAAACGCAUGGAAAUGCUUAGAAAGCAAAGAUUGGAAAAGCUUAAAGCAGAUAAGGCUGAAAAAUGUAAGCAAGAUGGCGCGAAAGAGGAACCACCUAAAGAGGAGGAAACCAACUCGGACAGUGCAUCUACUAAUACGAAUGAGCUGGGCAUGCCGCAAAGCUCAGUUUCAUCCAAACGCAUGGAAAUGCUUAGAAAGCAAAGAUUGGAAAAGCUUAAAGCAGAUAAGGCUGAAAAAUGUAAGCAAGAAUGCCCCAAAGCCGAACCAUCUAAUUUAAAUCAGAACAAUACAGAAUUAAACAACGGAGCUGAAAACAAUUCCUCGUCGACUGCAUCUAGCAGCUCUCAUGUAAAUCGUUUGAUGAAUUUGCGCAAAAAGGUUGAGGAUAUAAAGGACGAUUCAUUUUUUGAGCUGACUGAAUCAAAGUCGCGUUAUCGCCCAGCUGCCGAGACUUUAAAUGAGAACUCCACUUUCCAUGGCUUGCGUAUGAUACCAGCCGGUUUUGAUAUCACAAAUCUAAAUCAUUAUAAAGACGAGAAGAAUCAUUGGCAUCGCAAAGCGACAACCCGUUUUGAUUAUGUGCCACAUGACUCCCAUGUAAGGGCCGUGGAGCAGAAGGAAGCUUUACGCUAUGAAAACUUACAUAGCGGCGGCCAAAAGUUACGUGGUACAUCAGCCGCAAACAUAUCAAAGCAUGCAAGUAUUUUAGAUACAACAGUGCCACGACUAAAUGAAGCCCCAAUGGAGUUUUCUAACACUGUCAAGCAAGAGGCAAACAAUAGGGUGGCUACAACACAAGAGCCACAGUUGUCCUCCAGUGGCAGCAAUUUAAGCUCACCUGUGCCGAAGAAAUACGGAAGACACCGUUCGCUGAAAUCUCCUUCAACUCAAAUGAACAAAAUUGAUGAAAUGCUACGACGUGCAUAUGACGAAAAAGCAGGAGGCAACGAUCAUAUACUAGACUUAAACAAUCUUAACUCAAGCGGCUGCAAAGAUGACUCCGACAACAUGGAACUGUACUCUGCAGAAGAUGGCACCUACGGCGGCUCUACUUCCGAUAAUGAAGAUGUAUCUGCCCAACAGCAUUCAUCAAAUAAACGCUCUUUAAUAAAAAGUCGCUUACAGAAGAAAAUGACGACACAACAGGCGCAUUUGAAGCAAGUGGAAGAGCAACUAACCUCCGAACUGAUUGGUGCUAAGCUCGAAUCUUUUCACAUUCGCCUGCCACAAGUAAAGGAGCUACGUGAGGUCGAGGGCGAACAUAAGCUAAAAACCAAAUUUAUUGACCAUUUAGUGCUGGCUCAUUCAAAGGUGCCACUAAGUGCGCUGGCAAGCAUAUCGGAGGCGUUCUUCCUCAAAGAGAUACACGAAGAAAUGGAGCACAUGCGCGUCACCAAACUGUAUCGUAUACAAGCCUACGCUUGGCCGCACUUGUUGCGUGGAAAUUCACUGUUCAUUGUAAAUCCACACAAGUCGGGUAAAACAUGGAGUUACCUACCGACUAUUUGCAGUUUGGUUGCGUAUCGCAUACAAAGUUGUCGCCUUGCCGAGACUUAUGGUCCCGUCGCCAUUAUUCUAGUGCCCACUUCGGCCUGUGUGGAGGUGGUGCACAAUUAUUGUAAGCGUUUGCUAAUGGGCGUACGCCCAGAGGUGACCACAGUGUCAUCGUAUGGUGUGCGCAACGCAAACGCUGCUAAAAUUCAAUUGCUCAAUAGUUGCGGUAUUUUGGUAGCGACGCCAGGUAGUCUAUUGCGUCUGCUGCGUGAUAACGAAAAGGAAUCGUUGAUUGAUAUAGAACGGCUCAAGCACUUGGUUAUUGAUGAUUUGGACUUGAUGCUUUCGCGUUCGCAAGCGGACAUCGAAACCGUAUUGAAGACGUUCUUCAAGUUAUCCAAGCGCAGCAUGGGCAAAGAUGCAGCGCAAGUAUGUUUGCCUUGGCAACUGGUGGUGACAUCACGCCAUUGGGACUCACUGCUUGUAGCGCUGAUGCGUAAAGCAAGUCAACCGCUACUUUUAAUGGGAGAUUUUCUAGAAGCUGCUGUAUAUGGCAGAGUGAUGAUAUCGAUUAAGUUGUGCCCCAGCGAACGUAAGAUCGCGACAAUUUUGGAAUUCAUAGAGCAGUACUCGUUGGAAAAUGAGCGUUUACUUGUGCUGUGCAACAGCGAUGACGAUGUCUAUGAAGUCGUAGACGCGCUAACCACUUCCGCAUACGUCUGCAUUGCCUACGACAGCCACUCUUCAUCGGAUGUGCGCCUCAUAGUCGAGGAGUGGCGCAAAAAGAAGGUAAUGUCUUCACGUAUACUCGUUUGUGCCGACUCCUCGUUUCCCGAGCUGCAAAUACAAAAUGUUUCGCACGUCAUACAUUACUCGAUGCCCACAUCGUGGACCAAGUUUACAGCACGUUUUUCAGCACUAGCACAAACCUACGAGAACUACGUGUGCAAAAACUUCGACAUGCUAACUGGCUUGGACCGUCCAACAGCGCGCUCAUUGAUCUUACUUGACGAAGAGAACAGCAUUCAACUGCCGCGUCUGAUGGACUUCAUGAAGAAGCAUGAUCAACUGAAACUGAUACACGCCGACAUUUUGGCUGUAUCGAAGCGUGUGUUGGUGGAGCGCGAGGAGGCAAGAAUUCUACAGGGCACACGCAUGUGCCCGUAUGUGCUGGAAUUUGGCGAGUGUGAUGAACCACGUUGCGAAUUUCGUCACAAUCUCACACGAUUCGAUGCGGCUUCCACAAAGGACAAUUUGCCGAAAGCCGGCGAUAUGCGUAUACUCAUAUUAAAGGUCUUUUCACCCACCCAUUAUGCCGCACGCCUGCUACAACAUCGCUCGCCCAACUCCACCAAAUGGCAUGACAUUCGACGCUCGAAGGAGGUCUGCAAUUUCAGCAUACAGAUGAAUUUGCAUUACUUGAAACAAGAGAACUGGAAUAUGCAUUGGCCGCUCCAUAUAGGCGAUUUGUGUGUCUACAAAUAUGCGGACACCUAUCAGCGUGCACGCAUACUUGAAAUGCCAGAAGUGCAAAAUACGGAUAUGAUUAAGACUAUAAAAUUGACUGUGAAACUAAUCGAUGAUGGCAGUAUUAUAACAAGCGUUAAAUCGGAUGAACUCUACGUGUGCCACGACAAAUUCAAAGACUUUCCCGCCCAAGCAAUUGACAUACAUCUCUUGGGCGUCGUGCCAUUCGACAACGAACGCACGUGGGACACGAAAGCCACUAAAACAGUGCAAAAGUGGAUUAUGACCGAUUUAACCAAGAAUGAAUGUGUGCAUGUGAGCAUUAAUUUCACAUUAAUCGACACAAUUUGGGUGAACAAUGUGAUAGUGAUGGAGCAGCUCGCUCAAGUGGGACAAUAUGUGUAUCGUGUAAACUUGAAACGCUCGCUCUUGGGGAAGGAUAUCGCCGCUGUGGCUGACUGCAAGCGGCAGGGUAUACGCGAAAUAGCUGAGGAGUUGGGAUUGCUGGCAAAUGGCGAUGCGAAUGCCACGAUCAGUGACUCGGAAAUGGAGUUCAAAAGUUUUAGUGAACACGAUACGAGCAACCUAAUAAAAUUCUCCUCUAAUGAUGACACCACGGAGAGUGAAAAGCCACCGCCAAUAAACGUCAAAGAGGUGCCGAAACCACAAGAACUGAUUAAAAUCAACGCUGGAUGUGGCGAGGACGAAGCCGAUUGGGAUGAACAGUUGCGUGCUGACGAUAAGAAUGAUAAAAACUCCAAUGAGAUUUGCUUGCCACUGCGUUCAACUAAUACGCCCGAAUCGAAUGUAGCUACGCCAACAACAACAAUCGCCUCCCAAAUGAGUAACACCGAUAUUUUAACGCCUACAACAUGGAAGGAAGAUUGGAUUGCUCUGCCAAUAGAGCAACUGGUUAAAGUAGAAAUCGGUAGUGAGGCUGAAAAUGGUAAUUGGAGUGACAUUCACUUACAAUAUAUCGGCGAUGAAAAUUUGGCCAAAUUCGAUGAAUUGCUCGAGUUAAUUAACGCGCACAUAGCGCAGUUGCAGCAAAAGCCGCUGAUGCCAUUUCCUGCCUCUUGGUUCAAACCUAUGCAGAACUGCAUAGUACGCCAUGAUAAUAGGUAUUUGCGUGCCAAGUUGUAUGGCAUCUUCAACAAAGAUUCCUCUUCAAUUGGCGCCACCACUUCUUCAAUUUACCGCUUCUUUUUGUGUGAUUAUGCUUGCUUUGUUAUGGCUGAUACUAAAGAUUUGUAUAAUGAUUUUCUGUAUCCAACCACCCAGCAAAUUGUGGAGUUUACACCUUAUCAGGCGGUACACUGCACAUUGGCGGGCAUUAAGUUCAAUCGCUUUGCGAAGCCUUUCAAAGUGACUAAGGAUUAUCUAUUUGCUUAUGCGGUAAUAGAACGAAAAUACGAAUCGAUGGAGAUAAGGGGUUUCCCCAUUAACUCAUAUGAAAUUUUGUUGUAUGAAAAUGAAACCGAGGACGAUUUGCAAACGCUUGAAAUGCUUAAUAAGGCUCUAAUCAGCAAUGGUGUUGCCACUGUGGAUGAGGAAACAAAAGCAUUUUUGGAUAUGCACAUAAAAUUACCAACGGUGCCUAAGGAAUUGUGUAAAUUUGAUGAACUUUUGCAAUGCAUACAACGCUCGUUCGACCUAGAAAUGGGCGAACUUAAGUGUGCGGAGUCCUCAACACCAUUGCGAGCAAUUGAAUUGCCGCAACUUCCGGCACCGCAUGAAGAAAACGCGCCACAAAAUAGUGCUCUCAAUCAACAUAGCACCUACGAACCGUUAAAAUCUAGCACAUCAAGCGGUAGCGAAGAAGAACUGCUGCUAUCGUCAACAACUAAAACCUCAAGCACCAGUAAUAAUGAUCAAUCGGUGAGUUGCCCUUCCGUAGCGCAUGAUACUACAUCGUCGUCGACGUCUGACCUGCCACCUCCACCAGCAUUACAAACGAAAUAUAAACGCCCACAAGUGUCUUGGUACGAUACAGAUUGCCUAAUUUACCUGGUUAUAAACGUGCCCGAUAUUAGCCACUACUAUCUAGAAGUAAAAGUGGACACCUUGUUAUUCUAUGCCAUAAUCAACGAUCAGCCAUAUGCGCUAGUGAUGAACUUUUUGGGUAUUGUCGAACCCUCACUUGUCACACAUGAAAUUCGCGGCUUAAACGUAGUGGUGCGUCUGGUUAAGGGAGUAUUUAUGAAAUGGCCACGAUUGCUGCAACAGUCAACCAGAUUCCCGUGGCUCAACUUCAAUUUGAACGCCAUUGAUUUGUCGGAAGUGGAGAAUUUGCUACCGCAACAGCAACUGGAAAUGUAUCUGCAGAAGACAGCAGGAUUAAACCGCAGCGACAGUGAUAGUAGCGAUCAAUCUGAUGAUGAGGAACGCAAUCUGUUCCAAACGUUUACACCAAUAGUCAACAGUGAGGACAUACACGAUCCCACUGUAGAGCUUCUUUGAUACCAAAAACCAGAGAAAAGUUUGAAUAUUAAGCUAGUUAGUUUGUUUGUUGGGUUGGGAGUUUUGUAUUUAGGUUUCAAGUGGCAUACGAUUCGCAUUCCUAGAUCACUACCUAUAAUUUAAAAUUGAAUUUUAUCUCAUUUUAGUUUUCGAAUAUACCGAUUCAUUUUCAUUUUAACUUUGAUAAACCACUUUAAGUGUAAAGAUACUUAUACAUUUAUGGACGCAUUGGAAUGUGACGUUUUGAAUUUAAUAUCGUUACUUACAUAUGUACACACUAUAUAUAGGGUGCUAUAUGUACCACACACAUCUUAAGAAUUUCGAAAUCAAGUGUUUUGAUUACUGAAGUUUACAAAAAGUUUGCUCAAAAUAAAUCCAUUGAGAACGACAUUAUUGUUUAAAACUGAAUUUUUAUGCUCGAAAGUGGGGUUGACACUGGAUAAGUAAUUUAGAUAGUUUAACUUGCUACAAUGUGCAGAACGUAACUGGGUGAGAAUAAUGCGUGCUUUACGAGACAGCUGAAAUUCUUCGUCUGUGAUGUGUGUUAUGAAAACUAUAAAGAAUGAAGUGAAUCAACUAACCUACUUUGUUUUUAAAGUCGCGGUUGCACGACGAUUAUUUACGGUUGGGUUAAACGCUUCACGCGACUAAUGAAAAGUUUGAUAUUUUUUUUAGUAAGUUGAGAAAUAUAAUAGGGACCACCUCACAUACAACACAAAAACUACAGUAAGUAAGUUGCGCUAGUACACGGCUAUGAUAAGACCCAUUAUCACCUAUGCGUCAGUGGUCUGGAUGAGUAGACUCUCUCUAGUGGGAGUCAGGAGGACCUUAUCGAGACUACAACGCACUGGCGCCAUCUGUUGCACCGGAGCUUUUCCGACUACUUCAGGCCCGGCAUUAGAUGCUCUGAUUGGUUUACCACCACUUGAUGCUUUCAUUCAAGAAGAGGCCUUGAAGGCCAUCUGUAGACUGAAACACAAUGGGAACUGGUACGGCUCCUGUACGGCAUUGGAGCACAGAGAAGGCAUGGACGUCGAUCCAACGAUUCUCUCCAUGCCCCUUGACUCCAUGCCAUCAAGAGUCGUACUUGAAAAGAGAUACAGUGUAGUGCUACCAGAUGCUUAGCUGUGGGAAGACUCAGAAAAUGAGCCCGGCAAACACUGUUUUCGCAUUUUUACGGAUGUCUCCAGGACCGAGCAUGGCUCCGGCUCUGGGGCUUGCGUGGAAUCCAGCGGGACAAAACUGCACUUUGCUCUUGGAAUCUAGGCCGAACUAUGUCGGUAGACAUAAUAACCUGAUGCUAACAUGGGUUCCGGGACACGAGAGUAUCGCGGGUAACGAGACCUCGUGACUCCUUAGCUAAGAUGGGCUCUGAGGCCAACUUCUUUGGCCCAGAGCCCGUUUUGCCACUCCUUUCUGCGGCCAUCACAGCCACGGUUAGCAAAUGGGUAACUACCACCCACAAGCGAGCUUGGCAGGCUGAGAGAGGGUAUAUUCAGAAACGCAUUAUAAAUGCGCAGUAAUUGCAGCGCUGGCAGCACUGCCAAUGUGACAAGUGAUGCAAUUGAUAGAUUUGUUAACGAUUUGCAAAAAGAUUUGUUGCAUUUAUGAACGCGUUUUACACUAAAAUGGAAGUAUUAUUGAGUUUAGUUGUUGACGAUA